CUAACAGAAUUCAACAUGGCUAAGAUUAAGAAGAAGGGAACCUCUGGCGCGGCCAAAAACUAUAUCACCCGUACCCAGGCCGUGCGCAAACUUCAGAUUUCUUUGCCUGAUUUCCGUCGACUUUGCAUCUUCAAGGGAAUCUACCCCCGUGAGCCUCGCAGCAAGAAGAAGGCCUCCAAGACCUCCACCCCCAACACUACUUUCUACUACACAAAGGAUAUCCAGUACCUUCUGCACGAGCCGCUCCUGAACAAGUUCCGUGACCAGAAGUCUGUUGCCAAGAAGAUCGCUCGCUCCCUGGGUCGUGGUGAAGUCAGCGACGCCGCGCGCCUGGAGAAGAACCACACCCCCAAGCUCACUCUCGACCAUGUCAUCAAGGAGCGCUACCCGACCUUCAUCGACGCUCUUAGAGACCUUGACGAUGCUCUGUCUCUGCUCUUCCUCUUUGCCACUCUUCCUUCCACCACCCAUGUUCCUCACAAGACCAUUGCUCUGUGCCAGCGCGUCUGCCACGAGUUCCAGCACUACCUGAUUACCACCAACUCGCUGCGCAAAUCCUUCCUGUCUAUCAAGGGUAUCUACUACCAGGCCACUAUCCAGGGUCAGGACAUCAUGUGGCUGGUCCCCUACCGAUUCGUUCAGCGUGUCAAUGGCGAUGUCGACUACCGUAUCAUGGCCACCUUUGUCGACUUUUACACCACCUUGCUUGGUUUCGUCAACUUCCGUCUGUACUCUUCGAUUGGCUUGAGAUACCCUCCCAAGUUCGACACCCGAAGUGAUGAGAAUGGCGCCGAGCUGGCUGCUUUCACUCUGGAGGGCCGGAAUGAGGCCCCCAAGGCGCUGGAGGCCAAGCCCCAGAAGACCGGUAACUCGAACAAGGAGGUUUCCAAGGCUACCCAGGCCAAGGUAGACAAGGUCAUCAAGGCUGCCGGUUUGGACCAGGCCGAGGACGAGCAGAUGGUGGACACAGCCGAAGAGGAUACCGAUGCGAUCGACCGAUUCGAGCCCGCUGCCCCCGAGGCUGACACCCUUCCCCAGCCCGACCAGAGCGGCAACGAGGGUGCUCUCUUCGCUCCCUUCGUGUUUUAUAUCUCCCGUGAGGCCCCCAAGGCUCCUAUCGAGUUCAUCCUGCGUGCCUUUGGCUGCAAGCGUAUUGGUUGGGAUGCCGUGAUGGGCGAUGGUGCUUUCACCCACGAUGAGACCGACCCCCGUAUUACCCACCAGAUUGUCGACCGUCCUCCUCUCCCGGAGUCUUCUCUCCCCGCCAUUCCUGCUGCUGAUAGCACAAACCAGAAGGUCAAGCCCGGCACUCGCAUUCCUGGCCGGACUUACGUCCAGCCUCAGUGGGUCUGGGAUUGCAUCAACGAUGGCAAGCUCUGCCGUCCUGAUCUUUACGGCCCUGGUGCCACUCUUCCUCCCCACUUGAGCCCAUGGGUUAAGCCCAACCGUGGUGGUUACGACCCCAAGGCUACUCUGGCCGAGCAGGAAGAGGAGGGCGAGGCUGAAAUUGCCGAGGAUGCUGAAGACAGCGACGAGGAGAUGGAGGAUGAGACCCCCCCAGAGGUCGUCCCCGCUGCCCAGGAGUCCGAGGACGAGUCUGUCGAUGGUGGUAUGGAUGUUGCUGGCACCGACGAUGACGAAAGUGACAGCGAGGAGGAGGAAGAGUCGGACCUUGAGGAAUUCGAGGAUAACGCGGCUGCCUCUGAGUCAGAGGACGACGAUGACGAGGCCGCUCGCAACCAGCACCAGCGCGAGCUCGAGGCCGAGGCUGCUGGUCUGCCCUUCACAUCCAACGGAGCCACCGAUGAGGCAUCCAAGAAGAAAAACUCCCAGACUAAGAAGUUGGCUGCCAAGAAGCGCAAGGAGGAAGAGGAACUCGAGAGACAGAAGAUGAUGAUGAGCCGCAAGAAGCGCAAGCUGUUGGAGAAGAUGCUGCACUCGAACAAGAAGACAUCCGAUGAGGCUGCCAAGCUCCGCUCGAAGCGGCGCAAGCUUGAGAAGGAGAAGGCUCAAAAAUAG